AUGACCGAAAAUUAUGAAAUUAUAAAUUAUGUUCAAGAUAUAGAGGAUGUGGAUACAAAAUUAUAUGAGAGGUAUCAUCAAAAAGGUAGGUUUUACCGAUUUUCUUGGUUUGUAAAGAAAAUUCUUGCCAUAUUUUGAUUUGUAAACAAAGCUCUUGCCAUUUUUUGCUUUAAAAAAGAAAAUUUUGCGAGCUAGAGUUUGGAAAGAAAGUUUUUGUCGUUUUUCAUGUUGAAAAAAAUGUGAAAAGUUUCAAAAAAAAAUCUACAAUUUUCAAAAUAAAAAAAAAAUCAUAAUUUUUCAAAAUUUGACCCUUAAAAACCACCUUUUAUCCUACCCUUUCCACUUCCAGGAGGCCCAUUCUUCAACGCCUGGAGCCAGCUCUACAUUUCAAUGUUCCUCCUGGUUCUAGUCAUUUCUGCCUUCUUUAUCGCCGGCUUCGUACUUCGUCACAUAUUAAAGAAUAAGUCGAGUAAAACACAGAAAAUAUAUGAAGAAACAGUCGGUGCUCGAGCAGAAAACCGAUUUUUGAGUUGGAAAAACGAUCUGGACAAUAUUCUCAAUCAGAAAUAG